CGGCAGAGAGCGGCGCGGCAUGGCGCUGCGCGGCUGCCUGCGGGCCGGCCGGGGACUGCUGCCGCUGCGCACCGCGGGGCCGCCCGCCCGCAGGGGCUGCGCUGGGGGCCGGCCGCCGGCCUUCGGGUUCCUCUUCGACGUGGACGGGGUGUUGGUGCGGGGCAGCCAGGUGGUGCCUGCCGCCCGCCGGGCCUUCCAGAGGUUGUCGGACAGCAGCGGGCGGCUGCGGGUGCCCGUCGUCUUCCUGACCAACGCCGGCAACUGCCUGACGGCGGCCAAGGCCCGAGAUCUCUCCCAGGCGCUGGGGCUGCAGGUCUCUCCGGAGCAGGUGAUCCUGUCCCACAGCCCGCUGCGGCUCUUCAGCCAGUUCCACCAGAGGUGCAUGCUGGUGGCUGGGCAAGGGCCCGUGGAAGAGAACGCCCAGAACCUGGGGUUCAAUCAUGUUGUCACCAUAGAGGCCCUGAGGAAGGCAUAUCCCCUGUUGGACAUGGUGGAUCAGAGCCGGAGGCCAAAGGAGCUGCCUCCUCCAACCACUGGCUUCCCCAAUAUAGAAGGAGUGAUUCUCUUCGGUGAGCCAGUGAGGUGGGAGACAAGCCUGCAACUUAUUGUUGAUGUACUCUUGAGCAAUGGGAACCCUGGGGCAGAGCUGAAAGAUAUACCAUACCCUCAUCUGCCUGUCCUUGCCUGCAACAUGGAUCUCCUCUGGAUGGCUGAAGCCAAGAUGCCCAGGUUUGGCCAUGGCACUUUCCUUCUCUGUUUGGAGAAUAUCUACAAGAAAGUGACAGGCCGGGAGCUGAAGUACGAGGCUUUGAUUGGCAAACCCAGCACAGUCACCUACCGCUAUGCUGAGUACUUGAUAAAACAGCAGGCAGAGAAACAGGGCUGGAAGUCUCCCAUCCGACGCCUCUAUGCAGUUGGGGAUAAUCCCAUGUCCGAUAUCUAUGGGGCAAAUCUCUACAACAGCUACCUCAAGUCUGCUCACCAGAACCAGGUCCAGGCUGGGGGGAAGAGGAACCCACAGGCAGCCAGUCCCCAAAUGGAGGAUCACCUAGAGCUGAGGAGGGACUUCAGCAAUACAGUGGAGAGUUGUGAGUCAAUUCUGGUCUGCACUGGGGUCUACCGCCACAAUGCAGGUUCCAGUAACAGGAAGGAGUGCACGAUGGAGUCGGUGUUCCAUGGACAUCGGGACUUCUGCUUUGACCCCAGCCUGCUGGAGGCAUCUUACAUAGUGCAGGAUGUGAAUGAAGCCGUGCAGCUUGCUUUCAAGAAGGAAAACUGGAGCUAGGGAUAAGAGAGGUGUGCUGAAAAAUCUACUGUCAGGGAUUUUUAUGUACUGAGAAGGGAAGAGAGGAAGAACAGGGAGAGACCUGGGGUGAUCUGGUCUAGCCAACAUGAAAGAAAACUCCCUAUCUCAGCAGUAAAAGCUUAUUGCUUUUAUAGAUACCCAUCUGGAAUCCUGACAGCAGGCUUUCUACUGUGAACAUACAUUGCUGCCAUCAGAAACUGAACCAUAAUGGAAACAGGGUAUAAGGAGAAGGCCUGUUCCAACAAUCCCAGUUUUGCUUAGUCAUCAGAGGAUUUUUUUUUUCCCCACCUUUUGUGCGUGAAGAUCAGGCAGUCCCACCCUCAUUCUCCUGAUGUGUUUGAGCAUGAAACUCUUCCCUGUGCAAGGAGCCCACCAUCACUCAGUGUAGCAUUUGUACAACGUACUAUUUGUCUGGUCUGUAACUUCAGUACACCACAAGUUGUGUUGUGACACUGCCAAGGGAAGACUUUAAAAUUAUCCUUAUAAAGAAUAAGUGCCUAUGAACUUCAAGAAAUUCUGUUUGCUUGGGGAUUUGCCACUGCAUCACUGUCAGUCUGAAACAAAGUCCCACUCUGCAGUCUGCAGGCAACUGUGGAGAGGCAGGGCCCCUCAAAGCUGCAGUAGCCAAAACAACUUGCUGCAGAGCUGAGGGGAAAGUUGUGUUUUCCCUCCCCCUCCCUAUUUAGCAUUCUGUGAACGCUUCUGCCUUUUCACACCCCACUAGGGAGCCAGCAGCCUGCUCUCAAUAGCAGAGGAAGCCACCACAGAGACUGAAUCUCCAGAGGUCUCUGCCCAAAACUCAGUGUUGCAGCAAGAGGCUGUUUUGGCACGCACCCUGACCUCAAGUGGUGCAAAGAACAUCUUCCUGCUUCAGUCCACACAGAUGCCAGAGGGGCUGCUCUUUGGAAUAUGGCCCAACCAGAAGGAGUUACAGCCAUCUUUGCUUCUUCCUUGCGUGCAAGGAUUGAAAGAGAUUGUCAAACCAGGAUAGUGGCCUGAGCUCCAAAUCUCCAGUCCUCAUCUUUAAGAGUACAAAUGUACUUGUCAUUCACUUUCUUGUUUUUUUGAUCUCUCCCUCAUGUGGUUUGCACUCAGGAAUACUCCAUGUGGUCCGAUCCCUGUUCCCUCCUCUUCUUUGAGCCUACAGGUAGAGUCUCCCUAAGAUGAAUUAGCAGCUGGGACUUGCCUGCCUGGGAACAUUUCCAUGUCCCUAAUGACAUGCCUCUGUUUUCCUAACUUGGGCUAUCCAGAGAAAGAUCAAGUCCUGUGUCUCCUUAGGCAGUCCAAAGAAGUUAAGCAAGUAUUGAUCCAGAAGCUGCAUAUGAAAGAUUUGUUCAACAAGGAGCAUCUUAAUUCCAGAGGAGCACUGUGAUUUUAGAAGCAUAAAUCAGCUGACACAUGACAGAAAAUCUAUGGAGCCAGGACAAUUGAGUUGGUGUUCCUAGUUAUGCUUAUCUCACACCAUACUGAGAGAUGAGAAAUAGGUCUGCUUUACCUCCUCUUUCUCCCUUCCUACUUUACUGGGCAGCUCAAUACACGGGGUACAAACAGGAUGUUCUGCUCAGAAGUCUGGGUUGUUCUUAAUUAAAAUCUCAGCAUCUGUCUGCACUGAUAUUCUGCUUCAGCAGCUCUCCAUCCUCUUAAUGCUGAUGUGUCUUCCUAGGGAGGUCACACUGCAGAGCAGGCUUUUUCUUACACUGUACCAGGCUCUGUAUCUGAAGGGGACUGGUUGCACUGUCAGUGAUCCAGACAAAGAAGUCCUCUGUGGCUUCUUUAUACCUUAUUUUAUGAUUAGGAGAAGCAACUCUGUGUGUGCAUUUCCCUCCUGUGAAAUCCACAGUGAGAAGCAGUCUCUUCCAUCUCUUAGCACUUGUUGGGGUUUUUCUCCUUUAUCUUACCAGGACAAGAAUUGCUAGAUUGCUUCUAAAAGCUACUGUAACAUGAGGAACACAUCUUAGAUUUUAAUCUUUUACUGGAGAGAUAAAAAGUUACCUUUUCAUAUACCUACACAAGACAAGGAGUUGUCACCAGUUCCAGAAGAGUACAGGGAAGGACUUUGCAUAUAACUUAGGGAAGAUCUAUAAACUUUCAGAAGCAUAUCCACAGUUACAGGAGUGCUGUGGACUUCCUGUGCAAUGUGUGAAACUGGGAAGCCCAAACCUGAUCUGUUAAUAAAAAGCUUCAAUGUACCCCAGCCACACUUUUCAGUGCAGAAAGAUGAAUUCUCCCAUUCAUAAGUUGCUAACUUGGGUGAUAACUUCCAUAGGAUUAGUUGGAAACUGUCUCCUAGACCUGUGAUUAUAUAGACUUCAAGAGUGCUGGUUGCUGGCAAUAAUGCCUUCAGUUUGGUGGGUACUUAUUUGGAGAAAUAUUAAGGUCUGUCCAUCUGUGUGCAGUAACCUUUUAGAGAGCUCAUUCUUGUUACUCAUUAAGAUUGUGGUGCCAGUUACUCAAAGACAAGGUGCUGCUGAACCAGUGUUCCCUGAGGGGUGUAGUGCUGCUGGAUCAGCUGUCCAGGUGUACUGGCUGCUGCUCCAGUGAUGGCAGUAGCUUUGUGGAAGGAAUGUGCAGAACUUGAAGAAAUCAAAGUUUGUAAUUUCCUAUCAGCAUGCACAGCACAUGGCAGCCAGAAGCGAGGCAGGUAGCAAGAGGAAGGAGAUAGCACCUCCUUCAAGAAAGGAAGACAUGGAGAGCAAGCCAGGCAUCUCCAUCAGUGGAGGUGGGCUGAAUUAUGUGAAUCUGUUUCAGAUUCCAAGUCGGCUUUUAUGUCCAGAUUUUUAUUUUUUUUAACCAUUACUGGUGUUGAAACAGGACCCUGGGAGUCGUAAAAAUGCAUAGGAGGAACUUAAUUCCUAAUCACUGAAGGAACUAAAGAAAUGUUUCACUUUUGAAUUAAACUUGGACAGAGGGGAGGAGAAAAAAAUCUAGAACGAUCCUAUACUCUUUCCCCAAUUCUUACCAAGUGAAGUUGCACAAAUAGCUCUGCUUGUUGAUCUGUGCACUAAUUGGUCAGAUGGGCUCCCCACCGAGCAACAGAGAGACGUUUCCUCUUUGCCAUGCUUAACUCCUUGAAACAGUGCACUUUAUCCAAGUCACAGCCCAGGAACUGCAUGGCCACAGUGGAUGGAGGAAGAAAUUUGGGUUCUCCAGCUGCUGUCGGAUACUGGAUUUUAUAGUAGGAUUUCUACAGAGGGAAAGUGCCUGCAGGUCUCUGUUCCAAGCGUUUUUUGCUAGAGUGCUGUGCAGGCUUCUCGUUUAUCUGCAGUUCAUUUGUGGACAUCUGUUAUUGCUAGAAUUCAGUGAAAUCCUUUUUUCUUGGAAUGACAUUUUCCUGGAAUUAGCUUCAAGUGUCACUGGAACAAAAAAUUUCUUUUGUCUCAUGUAUUGCACAGAAGUGGUAUUUCUGAAGCUGCAUUUCUCUCAUUUGGAGCAAGCAUGCUUCUGUGCAGAUUAUGGGACCAGGGAGGAGAGGGGACUUCCCUUGCUGACCUAAUACCCUAAUAUUUGUGUGGUACACUGCCCUAUACAACAAACAUGGUGAAGAUCUGAUCCUAAGAACUCCCUCUUCCACAGAUGGAUGGGUUUUUGUCAAGCCCAGGCAGGGUAUGCAGUGAGGCGAGGCAACUGAGAAUAGCAGGGAGGGUCCAGAAGAGGGAUAGACCUUGUUCUGGAUCUGAAGCAGAGAGUUUUCAUUUCAGGCAAUGACAUGGUGGGCAGACAGGUCAGUUCUUUUAUUCUACAGGACACAUGCAAUUACUAGCCUGAUUGUCAGGGAGUUGUAUAACACUACUGUCCCUUUUCUUCCAAUCUUAAUUCUCAUGUGUCUUUCCCCCUCCAAUAAAUGGAUAAUCUUUCAGAUUAUGUCAUGUACACCGUAGUAGAGUGAUUACCUAUCAUAUGGAGAAAUUGCAAGCUGUGGUUCUUUAGAUUUCAUAUUAAUUUUGACCCACUCCCAGAGAUGCUCCGUUGAGCUAUUGAUCUAGCAGAUACAAAAAUAAUAAAAGACGUUUUAUUUGAAA